AUGGGCAGUUGCUGUGGUGGUUGUUGGACAUGUUGCCACGAGAGACAUAGUAACGGAGUUAAAAGGGAUUCUCCUGGAAGUACAUCAUACUGUUGUGUCAAUCCUGAAACACUGACUUCAAAACAGACUAUCGAACUAAGGGACAUUUCAAACCCCAAGAAACCCCGUCGUAGUGGAAAGUUGGCAGCUCGGAAGACCAUUCAUAGCACAGGAACAAUCUCCGAAACUUUAACAAAACGACUUACUGGAAAGAAGAACGACUUGGAGUCUUCUUGGAGCAAAUAUUAUAAACCGGACCCCGAACUCGCGAGAAGAUACCUUGAGGAAAAGGCCGCUAUGUCUAAUAGUCAGAGGAACGUAGGAAACGUUCCGCGAGAGGUCAUCUCGCCAUCCGCGCCAAACCUCUAUCCAAUUAUACCCCCCAUGAUGUACGAAUAA